AUGGUGCAAAGUGUGGUUGUGAUCAAAGAUAGUUGUAGAGAAUUCAAUUCAAAAGUUUUUCAUUGGGCUCCUAAUGGAUUAUCACUUGUGGCUGGAGAUAACCUCACUCUUGUUGUAGUUCUUCACCAAGUUAUCACUCCUUUGGGGUGCAAAAUCAGUGUGGAUGGUAGGUUAGCAUUUGGUGCAAAUCAGAAGAUUAUUGAGGCAGAAGUUGCAAGGAAAAAAAAUGAGUAUAAGAAAAAUGAAGAGCUUGCUCAUAUUUUUCAACUUUAUAAAUCAAUGAAGGUUGGAUUUAAUAUAGAAAUAGCCAUGGGAUCUUCACCUAAGGCUGUUGCAUUAAAAUCAGCCACAAAGCUAAAGGCCACUUGGUUGAUACUAGAUAGGAAAAUGAAGAAUGAUGAGGACUACUUUCUUAAAAAACUUUCUUGUGGCAUAUCAAGAGUAAGGAGUUCCGAUAGAAUUAUACGUAUAAGAGGACUGAUCGAUACACCUCAACAAAAAAGUUCUUAUAGAAGCUCUGAAACAUACGGUGAUAGUUUACCACCGUAUGAAUUUUCAAUUGAUUCCGAGUUUUUCACCAUUGAAAAUUUCUCCUAUAAUCGAGUAAACUAUGGUAUGCAUCAUGAUCAAGGAGAGAGACAAAAUAUGAACUUUGAAGAAAACAAACACAAUGAGCAAAAGAGGGUCAUAAACAAGAAGGAAGAAUUUCAAGAGAACAACAACAAAAUACAAGAACAUGAAAGUGAAAGAUAUAAAUAUUUUGGUGGAGCCAGAAAUUUUUUUCUUGGAGGGGCUGAAAACUAUACAAUAUCUGAGCAUUUUUUCAAGUUUGAGUGA